AGUAAAGAAACUGUUCCAGCAGCCGAAAUGACUCAGUAACUUUUGCUCUGGGAUCUGCUUUUUUCAACACCCCCCCUCCCCGCAACCGUUUAUUCCGCGACUCCUUGGAAAUGUAUUCUUCACCUCUCUGCCUCGCCCAGGAUGAGUUCCACCCGUUCAUCGAGGCCCUCCUCCCCCACGUCCGGGCCUUUGCCUACACCUGGUUCAACCUCCAGGCCCGGAAGCGCAAGUACUUCAAGAAGCACGAGAAGCGGAUGACCAAGGACGAGGAGCGCGCCGUCAAGGACGAGCUCCUGAACGAGAAGCCGGAGGUGAAGCAGAAGUGGGCUUCCCGCUUGCUGGCCAAGCUCCGCAAGGACAUCCGGCCCGAAUACCGCGAGGACUUUGUGCUCUCCAUCACGGGCAAGAAGCCCCCCUGCUGCGUCCUCUCCAACCCCGACCAGAAGGGCAAGAUGCGCCGGAUCGACUGCCUGCGCCAGGCUGACAAGGUCUGGCGCCUCGACCUCGUCAUGGUGAUCUUGUUCAAGGGGAUCCCGCUGGAGAGCACCGAUGGGGAGCGCCUGGUCAAGGCCGCCCAGUGCACCAACCCCGUCCUCUGCGUCCAGCCUCACCACAUCAGUGUCUCCGUCAAGGAGCUCGACCUCUACCUGGCGUAUUUCGUGCGCGAGAGAGAUUCCGAUCAAAGCAGCAGUCCCAGGACGGGAAUCGGUUCAGACCAAGAGGACAGCAAGCCAGUCAUUACAUUGGACGCGACGGAUUUCCAAGAGAAUUUUGUCACGUCAGGGGUUUUCAGCGUCACGGAACUGAUCCAGGUGUCCAGGACGCCGGUGGUGACGGGCACGGGGCCAAACUUUUCCCUGGGGGAGCUGCAAGGGCACUUGGCCUAUGACCUGAACCCCUCGAGUACGGGAUUGAGGCGGACGCUUCCCAGCACCUCCUCCAGCGGGAGCAAACGGCACAAGUCGGGUUCCAUGGAGGAUGACCUGGACACCAGCCCGGGGGGUGAAUACUACACAUCCCCCAGUUCGCCCACGAGUAGCAGCCGCAACUGGACGGAAGACAUGGAAGGGGGAAUCUCCCCAACCGUGAAAAAGACGGAAAUGGAUAAGUCCCCCUUCAACAGCCCGUCUCCGCAGGAUACUUCCCCUCGGCUGACUAGUUUCACUCAGCAUCACCGUCCGGUCAUCGCUGUUCACAGUGGUAUCGCCCGAAGCCCCCACCCUUCCUCUGCUCUGCACUUCCCCACCACCUCGAUUUUGCCCCAGACGGCCUCCACCUACUUCCCUCACACAGCGAUAAGGUACCCGCCUCAUCUGAACCCGCAGGACCCUCUGAAAGAUCUCGUCUCCUUGGCCUGUGACCCGUCCAAUCAACAGCCGGGACCGUUAAAUGGAGGUGGUCAAGUGAAGGUACCCGGGCACUACCUUCACACCCAGAUGUUGGCGCCGCCGCCCCCCGGUAUGCCCCGCCUGGCAAUCUCACCUGACACCAAAUCCACCACGACAACUUCCGAGGGAGGGACCACCUCGCCGACGUCUCCCACCUACUCCGCCCCCGGCACACCCCCUACGAACCGCUUCGUGGGACUAGGACCACGGGAUCCCGGCAGCAUCUAUCAGACGCAGUCCUGGUAUCUAGGGUAGUUGCAGCUUUCUUGGACCUUCAUCUUCCCUUCCCCCUGGGCUUUGGGCUUCCUUCAAGGAGAGCGGUGCAGCCCCUUCCCCCUGGCCCAAACCCUGGUGACGGCAUGAAGUGAGAGAGAGUGAGACUUAAGGCAACAUCGAGAGACACCUUGGAAGGAAGGAAAGGGGGGAAAGGUUCAAACUUCUUGGGAAAAAAGUUAAAUGCAACGCACCCCCCACGCACCCUCACCAACAACCGACUCCCCAACCGAGCAAUCCCGGGCAGGCAGCCGUCGGACGGGGUCUUCGGCUGGAAACACUACGCGGCUGUCGGUGGAGGGCAGGCCACCCCCACACCAUCGCCACCCUGCACCCGCCAGCACCCUGCCUGUCAUGUUCUCGAAAGGGAUGUAUAUGCAAAAGUUUCUGAUUAUUUUUCCACCUCUUGUGAGUGGAGAGAGUGGGGAAAAAAGAAGAACAAAUUAACUUGGGGCGUGCUGCAGACCCGCCCUCCUUUUUUUCUACAUGGAACUUCCUCCCCUCGCUUCCUGAGGGAUGUUGGCAGUGCGACCAAGAGACUGCGGGUAUGGAACGCCAAGAUGGGUCCAGAGGUUUAGCGCGGGCCUAUCUUUAGAUCUGGGAGCUAGCCAAUUCCUUCUUCGGAGGGAGAAAUGAGUGUCGCCUUUUAACCUGUCUUUGCGUCCCCUGGGGACAAAAAAAUUCUAUGCUUUUGCUUUCAGAUGGGGUUUGCAGGGCCCUGCCGCUGACUGACAGAGGGUUAGCAAAGAUGGAGAGGGGAUGUGGCUUGCUUUUGUACUCUUGUCCCAGAAUGCUUUGCACUUUUGUCUCCAAAGACGCGAUCUUUGGGAAGGGUUGAUGGUGGAGGUGGUGGGGUGGGUGGGGGCAGAAGACGGGUUGGCCCAGCAGAGGCCAGCAUGGUGGGAGAUGGAGCCAGCUUCAAGUCACGGAAAUGGUUUCUUGGAUCUGUGCAAUCUUGGGCCGGGUGAACCGCAAUGUUGGCAGGGUGGUGGUCGGGGGGGGAAGGCGUUAAGACUUGGCUGUGAAUGUUGAAAAUGAGCAUAUUUUACCGGAUUGGCAUGGAACGGAGGGGCGACGGGGAGGGGACAAACCUUAAAGGGUAAUCUUGUGAAUCCCAUGUGCUACACUGCUGCGUUAUCCAGCACAUCCAAUAUCUCUCCAUGACCAGAGGUCUGUCUUUAACCUUUGCCUUAAAGUUGGACCUGGGGCAACAUCUGGGCCGUCCCCACCCAGCCCAGGCUUGUAUAGAGUCUGUUGGCUUGCUCUCUUGCAGGGGAGGGAAUCUUCUUCAGGGUGGGCCACGUGGCGUCCGCAUCCCUUUGGCCUUCCCAAAAGCUUCCCCUCCCGAGCUUCCGACUCCUUCUCGUCAAAAUGCAGGCGGUUGGUGUGGGGCCAGCUGGGGGGGGGGGCGGCUCUGGGCGGCAGGGAAGGGUUCAAGUUGGGCCUCGGGUUGGUGAGCCCCCACUUUCCCCUGCUCCUCAAACCUUCUGUACAAAGAGCUAUGCACGCCGUAGGCAACCAGCUAUAAGAGGGUGGCGAAUGAUUUCCAGUAUGGAUUGCACAUUAUUUUUUAUUUGUAGGAAAUGCACUUUGAAGAGGAAGGGAGCAAGAAAAAGAGAACUGCGGUGGGUUUCCCAUCGUGGUUUGGGUUUUGUUUUGUUUUUGAAAUUUUGGUGAGGAGUGGGGUCGCGAAGACCAUCUCCCCACAGGGACAGGGUGGUGGAAGGGUAGGGCCUUAAACACGAGUCUUUGCGGAGGAGGGGGAGGAAUAGUUCAAGCUAUAUUUGCGGGGGGGGGGAGGGAAGCAAUGGUAGGCCUUUUCUAUGGUUGCCCCCUUCCCCUAGAACUCUAUCCUCUCCUGCCCCCCUCCCGCAAGCCCCAGAGUGGACCCUCAGAGCCAUCUUGGGUUGCUUCAAGUGCCUACAAUAUAUUGCUCCAGUCCUCCUGGCUGGAUUGCGGAGAGCUGUGCCCAUGCAGGGCAGGGUCCGGCCAGGCUGAACAAUGGAGCUUCAACCACAUCACCAAUUGCACCCCCUUCCCAUCCUCCAAGAAAGCGGCGACGCUUUAAGCAUCACUGACUGGACACCCACUGACGUCAGGACGCCUUGGAUGGAAGUCCUCUGUGAGGGCUCGACGGGUGGCGGUUCACCGCAGGCUGGAGGCUGAAGGCUCUUCCUCUGCAAGGGCAGGCACCAAGAGCUGCGACCCCGAGACCCGUGGAUGGUUUCUCUCCCCUUGUGCCAAAGCAUCAGGAGGGAAAUGGCUUCGGGACCUGCUCUGGAAUUGUGGCCCAGUGAACAAGCCGUCUCGAGAGGCCAAGCAGACUGCACGGAGUUGUGGCCGGGAGCCUUCCUCAGGAAACACACAGUUCUGGAGUCCACAAGCAACUUCUUCCUCCUGCAGGCUACCGAAGCCACCCACUGGCCUAGGCUACGCAAUGGCGAACUUCUACCUCCUGCACCGCCGCGAGAGCCACGUUAACCUCUCUGAGGGUGUGUUUGUGGUUCCUUCUCCCCCUGGGAGCUGUGGUUCUGUGAGGUGAGUCAGAGGUCUCCCACAGAAUUCCCGGCACCUUUACCAAACUACAGUUCCCAAGUUUCUUUAUUUUUAUUUUUGGUGGGGGGGGCAGAAGGAAGUCAUGGCAGUUGCCAAGCUUUACAGUAUUCCAUCCCAUCCAGAAGAAUUCCGUUCACAUCCUGGCAAAAAUGGAAGGACAAGAGAACUGAGAUGUCCACACUUGUUCCUUUUCUCUGGCUUCAGAGGUGAGGUAGAAUUGCUGAAUGUUGGCGUUGGAAGGGACCUUGGACGGGCUUCUAGUUCACCCUCCUGCCGAGGUCCAGAAGCGGAUCCGCCUCUCGUCUCCAGCUGGUUCCAGGCUUUGCAGCAGAUCCAGCUGCUGCUCCUGAAUCCGCUUCCACCUCCUAGCACAGAGAUCCCGUUCCAUGUUGGCUUCGCGGGCCGAUUCUCCCGCUGCCCAAAACUGGCUUGUGGCGCUCCAGAUCUUCCUGCCGCUUCCUGAGAGCUGACAAGUUUUCCAGCGCAUGGAUGAGUUUUCAGCAAGGGGUGGACCUCUCCAUUGAGACCCCCACUGUGUGCAGAGCAGCUUUGCCCCGGAUCCUCGCUCCACCUGCUGGAGACCAGGACGGAGGUCGCUCUUGCAAAGAGGAGGCGUCUCCAGUAGCCUUGGCCAGGUGGGCCCUCCAGUUUUUGGACGCUCCUCUCUCCCCAUUCCAGAGCCUUCCAUCUUCAAUACACCUUUGCAGUCUAAAAGCUCCUGCCAAGCUCCUCGCCACCGUGCCCCCUUCCCCCCACCCUCCGGGCAACUUGGGACACCUCAGCUGCUUUUGUCUCCGGUGCUUCGGCCUUCCUGGGAUUCCCCUGGGGCUUGCGUUUCCAUAUGCAAAAUCUUCCUCCCCGCUCUGUCCUUCCCAACCAGGCCAAGCUAGUAUAUAUGUAUGGGAAAGACUUUGUCCCAAAAAGAAAAGCUCUCCCGCCCCAAAUUUGGCAUCAUUGGGGGCGCGAGGGUUUCCAGUGGCUUUUGUUUACAUCUCUGCACCUUCUUGAUGAGAAACGUUGAUGCCAAGUUCAGCAGGGGCUGGGUUGGGUGGGAAUUGGGUUAGGAGAGAGAAAAUGUCCCCCUCCCCAAACCCUGGGCUAUCUCCAUGCUGGGGCUGUACCACAGGGGUAAUAAGACGCUUCCUGUAGGAGCUUGACCCAGGAAAUUAAAAAAAAAGUGAAUAUUUUAAAAUAUAAAUAGAUAUAUAUAUAUAGAUAUAUAUAUAUCCGCAAUCGGUGGAGAGGAAAUGUUUAUGGAGAAAAACAAACAAAACAAAAAAAAUUAACCCUUACAAAAAAAAAAUAUAGAUUUGCAUGGUGCUUUGAAACAGGAACUCAUGUGACCUAGCUCAACCAAUCAGCUGGCUGAGAAUGUGCAUGGCAAGUAUACAUAAAGGCUCUAUUCCCCCUCCCUCUCCCUUUUCCCCUUCUGUCUGCCUCUACAACGGGGAAUGAAAGAAAAAUAAAAUAUCCACAGUUUCCUAAUUUGCACGUGAAAAGAAAAAAAAAGAAAGUACAUUUUAUACCACAUAAUGUGCCUUGCCUUCUACAAAAAUACGCAUUAACUCUAAC